AUGGCAACGGCAACUCUCAUCAAUCCGUCCUCCCAUUAUCAACCUCAACCGCCUUUCUCCAGCUAUUCUCAAUCAAGCUCGGGCGCCGCCAGUAUUUCCAACAUGAUCUCCUCAGUUGAACCUCGAAAGCCAGCAGACGACCACGAUCAGUCAAAUCGCCAGUCGCUCCCGUCUAUCUCGGAGGUUAUCCAAGGCACCAAGCCUGGGCCGUAUCCUAUUGCGCAUGCACAUGGUCUGCAGACUGGCUCGAGCCUGCCUUCGCCCUUCGCACCGGCUCCUCGAUCCUUCCCAGAGGCUGAGAAACGCUCGUCUCCUCAACCUCUGCAUCCGAACUCCUCCUUUCCUCGACAGGAUGGCUUACCAGCUUUCGCCGACUCACCUCGUCCGCAUUUCAACAGCCGACCCUCGCUUCCUUCUGUUUCUGACCGCCGCCAGAGUCCUUCAGGCAAACCUGAUAUCCCUCAUCAGCACCACCAUCACCCAGAUCAGAAACUUUCUGAACCUCACCACCCACUCAAUGGCGUUUACGCUCAUCCUCCACCGCCGCCACCUCCGGCUCCUGUCGCAUAUCAGCCUGGCCAAUUGCCCGCAGGACAAAUGCCUCUCCCUGCGUAUCCUAUAUCUCCACGACAUGCAAUGCCACCCCAUGCCACUGGACCGUACGACCCAAGGGCGCCUCCUCGUGCAGAAGAAUCUGACUAUGCUGCCCGAGCUAGAUAUGAAGCAACAGUGGACAGGCAUCUUGAGAGCUGGAGCUACCAGGAUUCUCUCAGUCGAAUUGGCUCUUCAUCCCGUACAAUCUUCAAUUUUGCCGAAGCCUAUAGUCGAAUUGCUCAGGAACAGCACGGAGCGCACCCCAUACCAGCUCGACUGCCCACGGAACGAGAAGUCAGCGACAUGCUUAGCAACAUCGAGCACGUCAAGCAAUCUUUGGAACAAGUGCGAGACUUGGUGCAAACAUCGAUCCAGAACGAACGCGCUCGAGAAGGCGCCAAGAUGAAGGGACCGUACGAUGAAGAGCACGAAGUAAGCAUGUAUGGUGAUGGAAUGAAGCCGCAAUAUGGCAUAACAGAAGUGAAGAAACGACGAGGUCGCGCUGCCCCUCCAGGACGAUGCCAUAGCUGCAACAGGAUUGAUACACCCGAAUGGAGGCGUGGACCAGAUGGAGCCAGGACACUCUGCAACGCGUGUGGACUACAUUACGCCAAACUCGAGAGAAAACGCCAGCUUGAGGCAAGGUCAAUCCGCCCCAAGCCCGAAGAGGCUCAUCGACAAUAA